GGCGCCGCCGGCACUGCCGCGUCCCGCGCUGAAGAUGGCGGAGGGCGGCGCGGCGCCCCCGUCCUGCGCUGCCUCCUCCUCCUCCUCCUCCCUGAAGGGGCUGCGGGAGCAGAUGGUUGCUGCAGCCCAAGCCAUAGCAGAAGAAAGAAGAAGCCAAAGUGGCAUUAGCCCUCUUGCAGUCCAGACCUCAAUAAAGACAGCAACUAAACCAGUGAUAGAUGGCUCCACUCUAAGAACAGAAGAAAGGCAAAGACUGGCCAGGGAGCGUAGAGAAGAGCGGGAAAAGCAACAUGCUGCCAAAGAGACACAGAUCCUUGAAAAGGAGAGAAAAGCAAAACUCCAGUAUGAAAAACAGUUAGAAGAAAGGCAGAGAAAGCUAAAAGAAAUGAAGCAGAAAGAGGAACAACGGAGGGCAGCAGUAGAAGAAAAGAGGAAACAAAAAAUAGAGGAGGAAAAGGAGAGAUACGAAGCAGUUAUGCAUCGUACCUUGGAGCGGAAUCAGCGGCUGGAAACGCGGCAGAAGAGAUGGUCAUGGGGAGGAUCUGUAACUCCAGAUUCAGAAAGCAAAACAGAACAACAGAGCACAGAUGAAGGUGGAACUGGUGGCAGCAAACGCUCCACGUCCACAGCCAACCUCAAACAGGCAGAAGGUGCCGUCAACAAACGGUUGUCGUCGUCUGCAGCGCUUCUGAACGCCUCUGAGCGAAGUACCACAAAGAGAAGUGCCUCAUUAAACAGACUGAAUAACAAAGUUCCUCUACAUUCCCAGCAGUCAGCACUCAAAGGUUCGCAGGGGGAACAGAAAGGAGGAACAGAAAAGAAGAGGAGCACAUCUUUGAGUAGGAUGAGUAGUAAACCCCAAUCCUCUGCAGAACUAGAAAAAGUGAAAAAGGAAGAAAAACCAGCUCGUCGCUCCCAGCUCAGUCCUCUGGACAGUAGCGUAAUCAGUCGCCUCCUCGCCCCCACACAGGCCUCCCUAGCUAGGAGUAAAAGUGCUGCUACCCUAUCGGCUGAUGGACAGGAUCCCUCAGAAUCUCACCUCUGUCCUCGUUCAGCUUCAGCCAGUUCCAUCAGUUCCUCAGCCCCAGCUCCUAAAGUGCCCGUGCGCAGUCGUAGCAUCGACAGGUUGAAGUCCCCUCUGUCUUCAUCUGAUGCAAGUUCACCUGAUUCAACCCAGAAAUCAGAGACAGAAAAGCCAUCCCCAGGAUCUGGUUUAAGGCGCCCUCCCUCACCAUCUGUGUCUGCCCAUAGAAGAUCCCCCUCUCCUGCUAAUUUGGUGAAGCGUCCUCCGUCACCUUCUGCAGUUCGGCAAAAGACUCGUCCGCCUUCACCUGGUGUGUCAAAACAAAGGCCACCAUCUCCUACUCCAGUCUCUAAACCAGCACCCAUCCAGCGUCCUCCUCUCACACCAGGUGUUAUAAACAUUACCAAAAAGAAGACUGAAACAGAGAGCAAACCAAAGGAUAAGAGCACAGAAGGAACAGGACAAGAGCAAGGUGCUUCCCCAGCCUUGGACAGGGAUGUGGGAGCAGCUAGCACAAAGACCAAAGAAGAAUCAGGUAGCAAAACAGUAGCAGGGACCACCACAGCUGAAGAAGCUGCUAAAAUCUUGGCAGAGAAGCGACGUCUGGCACGAGAGCAAAGAGAGCGCGAAGACCAAGAAAGAAUUCAGAGACAAGAAGAAGAAAGAAUCAGAGAGGAAGAGAUGGCCAAGAGAGCAACUGAGGAAAAAGCACGACGGGAAGAGGAGCUCCGGAAGCAGGAGGAAGAGAAGAGGCUGUUCUAUGAAGAACAGCAAAGACAGGCUGAGGAGGAGAGGAUCCGGCGGGAACAGGAAGAGCAGGAAAAACUCGCAGAGCUUCAGCACCAGAGAGAAGAAGCUGAAGCAAAAGCUCAAGAAGAGGCUGAAAGACAGCGACUGGAAAGAGAGAGAAUUAUGCAGCAAAAUAUGCAGGAAAGGCUUGAAAGAAAAAAGAGAAUUGAAGAAAUAAUGAAAAGAACACGAAAAUCGGAUCAAAGCGAAUCCAAGUUGCAGAAUGAAGGGAAAUCUGCCUCAGAGGUGAUGGAGGGAGAGGAUAUUGAAGAGGAGGAAGAGUUGGGUCUUGAGAAGACUGAUCAACCAGGAAAGCUAAAUGGCAUUGACUUGCUCCAGGAAGUCAAGGGGGAAGCAGAGGGUUGUUUAGAGACUGCACAAAGCUUGAUCUCUGCAGAAUCUGAGGAACAAGAUGAGUCAGAGUUGAAGGCCAGUGAAGUGUUCAUGAAUGGAAGCGACUUGAAAAGUGAUGAGGGGUCUCUGUCUGUUAGUGAACUAAAGGAUUCCAGCCAUCCUGCAAAAGAAGUGGUUAUCGAUGACUCAGUGAAAUCGGGUGUUAAUGAAGCUGAUCAUACAAUUGGACUUAUUCAGAAUCUUAAUGGAAAAUCUGGUUCAUGGACUUUUGAGGAGUUCAUUGACGUUGGAGUACAUUCCAAGUCAACUAAACUGAGCUCGGACAGCAUCUCUGCUGGUAACUGUAAUCAAAACUUGAAUGAUGCUGCUACAAUACCUCCUAGUCCCAAAUUGGCUUUUGAGGAAGAUGGUGCAGUGAAUUCAUUGACCAAACCUAUAGAUGCUUCAUCAGGUAAUCCAAGCUGACUUCCCUCUCUGUCUCUUCCUCUGCCUAGGCAAUUAACUUCCUUGCAUUUUGCUCUCUUUGCCUUAACUACAGCUUCUUAUUUUCAAGGCACUUUUUCCAAUGUGUAGACCAGAGGGAAAGCUCUUUCUUUAGUGCUGGUAACUUGAAUUCUGUCAAAAGGAGUCACCAAUCAAUGCCUUUUUAGGGACUUGCUAAGGCCCAACAUUAAGGCUCUUCCAAAGACGCAACUGAGCCCUUGUGAAGCUCCAGUAUCUCCUACCAGCACUGAAGCUCAUCUGUUGUACUUUAAGCUUCUUCUGAGAUAUCUUAAAUGGCACAUGUUACUUUUGAAGAUACUAACAGUUUAAAAGAUGUCUGAUGUAACUCUACAGGCAAGACCUUUCCACUCCUAGGCAUGUUCUGUAACUUUUUGAUGCUGACCUGCGUGGUCUUACAAGGUGUCCUCAAACUCUCUAGCAAGGUAUUAGCUGUAGAAUAGUGUUUCACUUCACUGAGGCAGGUAGCACCAACCUGAAGUUCCACAGACAGUUGUGUUACAUUUUGAGAGGAGUAAUAAAGCUGUACACACAGGAAAUUCUCUGAAUUUCCUGAAAGAAGCAGGGCUGCAUCUCAAGCCACAUGUACUUGGGAAGGCAAACCUUCAUGCAGUACAUCCUAGUGUGUCAGAGAGGCUUCAGGAAGGUAGUUAUGUAACGUAGACUAGAAUUCCCUGGUGUUGGAGCUAAACCCCAAAUGGUCAUAUUCACAGCAGGAGAUCUCUUUCCAUGAGAUAAAUGACUGUGUGAUCAGUGAAAUGAAUGGUAGUGGAAGAAAUGAGCCUUGCUAUCCACAUUUUCUUUCAGUGAUGUGUAGCACUUUGUUUGAUUAAAGUGUAGCACUUUUCUAGACUGAACUGUUUCCUGAGUCUCCUCUGUCACUCUGCGUCUUGUGAAUUUUAGUCCCGUGGGCACAACCUGAUCGAGGCCUCUCUCAUGGCCAAGACUAACUGGGCCAUGGGAAUAGACAGAUUUAAUGGGAUUCUGCUGAUCACAUUUUGUUGUGAGCAAAAUCAUUAACUUUUUAGCAAAGAAAGUGUUGCCUUCUAAUUUUGACCUUGAAAAUGUUUAGACUUAAUAUGGUUUAAGAAUGCUGUACAUAACUUUGAAAACUAACAUUCCUGUAAAAAGAAAGAAAACCCUACUCUGCUGGUUUUGGACCAUAAGUGUCUAAGUGGUUCUGUGCUCACUCCUGGAUGUAGACUCUGACAGUGAUGAUGGAUGCAUGUGGCAUACACACAGUUAUGAUGGUUACAUGUUUUCUUCUCUUUGCUCUUUGGACAGAACUGUGAACACUAGAGACCUGGAAAUAAUCUGAUUGCACUUCAGUAAUCCAGUAUUUUCUCAAGUACCGAAGGCCUUGUUUUGAAAAGCUGCUUGUUUACCUUUAUCCAUCUUCAACUUUGCAAAAAACACCAGGGGAGGGAUGAAAGAGUUCUAAUUUGCACCUUGAAACAUUUCAGGGAAACUGUUUUGCUGAUGUUCUUUUUCCAUUCGUUUAGCUUAUUGUUACAUAAGGUUUCCUAGUUCAAAUAUCCCUUGUUUCCCUUUUACAGACUUUACAGUAACCUGUUUGAGUCUUUUGGUUUUUUUAUUUCCAUAUCAGUAUCAUGUACAGCAGAAGGCUACUGGAGGCUCCCCUCUUAGCUGCAGACUUUGCAUAUUUCUAAAAUGGCCCUUGAUUAAAUAAAAGACUCAUUCAGUGUGUGUUAAAGCUGAACUCCCUUUGUAAUGUCUAGAAAAAUGUUGUUGCUUGUUAGUUCAUGUGCUAUUUAAAAAUGCAGAAUUGACUAUCUUCAGUUUUGAAUGGAGAAGAAAAAUUCCUUGUCUAAUGUGAAAAUUUUGACAGUUUCAAAAUCUGGUGUUGUACCAUCACUAAUACGUUUUAAUCUAUCGGCAAACAUCAAAACAUUUUACAGCAUGUGCACUAAUAUAUUGCAAAAAUGUCAAGUCUCUAGAUAUGUCUGUCAGUGCAGUUUAAUGUGUCAUGCUUUUAAAAAAUGUUUUCCUUUUGAUUUACUUAUUUAUCUACACUUAUGGAAGUAUUAUUUUAUUGUGUACAUAACAGUAUUAGACCAUUGAAGUCAUGUUUUGUUCAUGUUCAUUAUUCUAAGUGUAUCAGUUCCAGCUUUGUAACAAUGGCUGCAAGUUGCAUAUAUAUUUUCCCUCCCCUAAAGCCUGCAUUAAAUAAUCUAUUUAACCUGAACUUGCCUGCUUUUUACAGCAUGAAGAGAUUAACGAAGCAUCUUCUGAAAAUUGCUACUAAAAGUAAUAAUGCAGCCUUGUUCUGAUGUCUCCUGUAAAGAUAGACUGGAUAGGUGGUUACUUUAAAGAAUAGCUGUCUCAAAUCUUGCUACAAACCACUGGCUGAUCCUCCAAUUCCAGCGAUUCAUCCAAAUGGCAGCUGUUUGCAGUGGGUAAAUGCAAAUGGUUUUGCUGGAACUACACGUGUUCUUUCCUCAACACCACAGUUGCAAAAGAAGCCCUCAGCCCUCUCCCUCUUGCUGUUCAGAAAUGCCAUAGAACUGUUUUAGACUUUUAGAGCAGUGCCUUAGGUAAAAGGAAAACUGUAUUUUUGUAUGAUAGCUGUUUCAUUCUGGCAGAGACAAUCAUUCUAACAAAGAUGCCAGUAUUUUCUUCUGUGCUGAUAUUUGUUGAAUGGUCUGAUACAGCUCUGUGUAAAUAUGUGUGCACUGUUAAAUAAACUUUGCAGUUGAACAAUG